AUGAGUUACAACGCCAACGGUCCAAAGCUUGAUUUGAAACUGAAUUUGUCCCCACCAAGGGCAUAUAUUCAUGUUGAAUCUCCCAAUCGAUCAGUUUCAUCUGCAGAGAUAUCAUCUCCAAGUUCAUGUUUGUCCCUGGAAGUUAGCUCGGACGAGACUCUGCGCAGCCCUGAGGCGACUGCGAUGAUGUUGGUUGGGUGUCCUCGAUGUCUCAUGUAUGUUAUGCUAUUGGAAAAGGACCCGAAAUGCCCCAAAUGUAAGAGCACUGUUUUGCUUGACUUUCUGCAAGAGGACAGGACAAGGAAAUCUAAGAAGUGA